AGGAAGACAGUAAAUAUCCGAGCAGAAAAGUAAACAAAUACAAGGCCAGCAAGCUUGUCCUUUCUAGUUGUCACUUCAAUGUCACUUUCUAUAAAGUUGGACAUGUCUGUCAAAUGUACAUUUAAGUAUUUGAAAUGUACUUUCUUGUGGUAAAUCCAAAAAUGCUAACACUUUCGCCAGCAGGUUGUUAAAUAAAAGUCACAGCUAAACCAUGAAAAAAAAUGCUAUUUAAAAUUGCAAAUAAAUUGAGUGACAUUAGUUUCGUUUAGCUAAAGGCCAAAUUAAUACAUAAUAGUUGCUUUAAAAAGGCCCGAGGGUUAAAAUAUUUUAGUCUGGCUUUAUUUUUUUAUGCUCAUAAGAUUUUUAGAAAAUACGCGAUAACGAAAUUCCUUCACUGUCACAACUAUUGUUUAACUAUACAUAGAUGUUUCAAAUAUAUUUAUAUUGUAGAGUACCUUUGAAUGAGGUCUCUUUCUUAUCAAAUUGCUUGUACUAAGUUAAAACAUUUAUUUAAGGUGAAAUGUUCAGUUAAUAAGUUGCCUACUCAGUCUGCCAAGCUAACAUCAGCAGCUAUGAAUAAAUAUGUCCAUUCGCCGGGUACCCGUUAGCCAAACCGCUAGCGUUAAUCUUAACACCUUGGGUUCUAACUCUCGAAAUGGGCCAUUGAAAUACCAUUGUGAAUGCACUUUAGAUAGAAAACAAUUCUAGUUUUUACAAUAACUCUUAAAAUAUGAUGGGAAACUUUUGCUAACUGACGUCACCCACGGCAAACAGAAAGCGAACCGUGCCCUGUUUCCUUUGUGGAGGAGACAAAAAAAGAAUCGCAAGCAGGCCUUCACCAAGCCCCGGAGCAGCGGUCUGGGCUGGAAGCUUACGCCGACAGGACGUCAGAGUGUCCCUGGAAACAAAAACUUGGCAGCUGUUCAGCCGAGACACAUGGUGGGGAAGAUGUUAAUCCACUCAGACUGAGCAACAACCGCAAAAGGACCCGUGGACACCAUGGGCCUGCUGUCUAUUCUCCGGAGACUAAAGCAGUCACCAGAGCAGGAGGUGCGCUUACUGCUGUUAGGGUUGGACAAUGCCGGCAAGACCACUCUGCUCAAACAGCUGGCAGCUGAAGACAUCAGCCACAUCACCCCCACACAAGGCUUCAAUAUAAAGAGUGUGCAGUCUUCCGGGUUCAAAUUAAACGUUUGGGACAUUGGAGGGCAACGCAAGAUUCGUCCUUACUGGAGGAAUUAUUUUGAGAACACUGAUGUACUGAUCUAUGUGAUUGACAGCUCAGACAGGAAAAGAUUCGAAGAGACAAGUUUGGAGCUUGCCGAGUUGCUAGAAGAAGAAAAGCUUGCAGCUGUGCCGUUGCUGGUGUUUGCCAACAAGCAGGACCUGAUGACAGCCUCUCCGGCAUCGGAGCUGGCGGAGAGUCUCAACCUGCACACGAUCCGGGAUCGCAUGUGGCAGGUGCAGGCCUGCUCAGCACUCACUGCAGAAGGAGUGCAGGUAAAUACAGUGUGCCAUGCAAACACAAAUAAACAGAGGUCGAGACGGAUUGAGCUGUUGAGUAACAACAACUGUGUUUUGCGGUCAGUUUUUGUACCCGGAAUAGGGAUGUGCGCUUCUUUGACGUCAUAGCAAUAAGAGGAAAUAUGGCGAGUUCUGUUAAUCAUAUACAAUUAUUCACGGUAGCUUUCUAUCAACCAGUUUGGCCUGUAUUUACAAUUUACUGAUAUCAAUACCCUGUUGUUAAAUAGAACUACUGCAAUGCCGCCUGUUGCAGCAAUGUAGUCCUCAUCUUGCUGCUUCGCACUUUUACAAACACUUCUGAAGUGUACUCAGAACUGGCCUUGGUCUUACACAUUUUCAAAGUAUUGGUCUUGCCUCAGCCUACGCUACUUUUUUACCUGAUCGCUCUUGGAAGUGCUGGUCUCAUGAAAUUUUCUCAAGAUCAUGCAGGAUUGCAAAUGCAACCUCCUACUUUUAUUGCAACUUUUAGUGAUAUACUCCUAAUUGCAUUAAAACAUAACCCCAUUAUUUUAUUUUACUUAGAGUGUGAGGCUCAGGGGUCAAGAGGAUAAAAGACAGUUUGUUUUUAAAACAAUAUCCAACCCCCAUGAGGAAAUUUUUUGGUGAAUAGCCUGUUUUGUCUAAACAACAUACAUUUCGAGUUAAAAAGUGAAAGAUUAAGAGAGAAAAGACUUCCACGAAUGCUGUGACUAAAAGAG